AUGAAGUUCACUCUCGUCGCCACCCUCAUGGCCGCGGCCGUCUCGGCUGCCCCGGCCUUCAACGUCGUCCAGCCUCGCAAGACGCACGCCACCAAGUCCAGCUCGGCUACCCUGCCUUCUGCGACUGGCAGCGGUUCCUCCGGCAACUCCUCCGCUGGUGGCUCCGUGUCCGGCUCUCUGACCGAGGCUUGCAACAUCGGUUACGCUACGCAGAACGGCGGUACCACCGGUGGUGCCGCUGGCCAGCAGACCACUGUCACCUCUCUGGAGGAGCUCAAGACUGCUGCUGAGGCUGAGGGUGCUGCCAUCAUCAUCAUCGAUGGUGCCAUCACUGGCGCCGAGCAGGUCGACGUCACCUCCGACAAGACCGUCAUUGGAGCUGCUGGCUCCUCCCUGGAGGGUGUCGGCCUCCGCGUCAAGAAGGCUUCCAACGUCAUCAUCCGCAACGUCAAGAUCAGCAAGGUCCUCGCUGAUUCCGGUGAUGCCAUCACCGUCCAGGCCUCCAAAAACGUCUGGCUGGACCACCUCGACCUGUCCUCGGACCGUGACCACGACAAGGACUACUACGACGGUCUCCUCGACGUCACCCACGGCUCUGACUACGUCACCAUCAGCAACUCGUACCUGCACGACCACUGGAAGGCCUCGCUCGUCGGCCACAGCGACUCCAACGCCGAUGAGGACACCGGCCACCUGAUCGUCACCUACGCCAACAACUACUUCUCCAACAUCAACUCCCGUGGCCCCUCUUUCCGCUUCGGUACCGGCCACAUCUACAACCACUACGCCGAGAACUCCUCCACCGGUGUCAACACCCGCAUUGGCGCCCAGCUGCUGAUCGAGUCCGCCGUCUUCUCCGGCAUCGAGAAGCCCAUCGAGUCCGCUGACUCCGAGACCGUUGGCUACGCCGUUGUCAACGACGUCGACCUUGGUGAGGGCACCAACACCGUCGAGCCCGGCACCCUCAAGUCCGUCCCCUACGAGUACGAGCUGCUCGGCUCCGCCAACACCAAGGCCUCGGUCACCUCCACCGCUGGCCAGACCCUCAAGUUCUAA